GAAUUGGUUAGGUCUGGAGUCCACAAAGAAGCGAAGAGCUUUGAGACCUUCCUGGUCUGGGGGUGGAGGUAUAUAGGGACUGGACGUCCAUGGUGAAAAUAAGGUGGUGGGGGAACGUGUUCAGUGACAGCUCGCUACUGAAGUAUUCGGAACCAAAGAUAGGGCAAAGCACGGGGCCGGGGAAGAUUGGACUGGUGCACCAGUGUACCGGUUCUUUUGUCGUGUGGAGAAUCAUGGUGGUAUACGUGACAUUAAUGAGAAAUUUACAAGCCUUUUUAUCCUCAGAAGGACCCCUGAUUGGAAAGGCUUUCGCGGGAUGCAGAAAGAACGUCUCAGCAAGAGCUUUCUUCUCUACGGCUCCACCAGGCAAUCACAAACCAUCACUAAAGGACAUUGCUAAUGAAGAAGUUGGAGCUAUAAAAUUUAGCACCAGUAAGGCAAACAGUCGUGUUUGUUCUGUGGAGAAAGCCAUGGGCAGUAGUUAUCAGAGAUCUUGGUGGGAAGUACUUCCCUUCAGCCUUGCUGGAAUUGCAUUUUUAGCUUGGUGCUUCUUCAGGAAAGAAACUGAUACUGAUAAAAUCAUGGAACGAACACUGAGUGACCAUUUACCUGACAUCGAACUGUUUAAGGCUGAGCCAGAAGAUGCUGAACAACCAGACAAUCAACUUAGUAAACAGAGGAUGGUAACUCCUGCAAUCAGGGACCAAUAACGUGAAUUGUACAAAUGGUAAAACACAAAAUGUAACUGCUGUCCAGAAGCAAAUCACUGCAGAGGUUUGAUAGAUGAAAUAAAACUGAAAGUACUGUGAAUAUUCAAAUAGCCAGACAGCAUCUGUGGAGACAGAACUUACAACAUUUCAAAUUGAUGACCUUUCAUUACAACUGAAUAAAGUUAAAAAUGAACCGUUUUAAGUGGAAGAGUUGGGAAGAAGGGGCAAACAAAAAUGUCUGUGAGAUGGUUGAAGCCAAGGGAGAGUGAAAGAUACCAAUAAUAGUGGUGCAAGCUUAGAGAGUGAGAAAGAUUAGCAAGGUAUAUCUGGAAGUGAUGUAAAUAACAAAUUACAAAAUUACCACAAAAGAUAAAGGUAAAAAUAUGAUGCCGACAUUGAAUUGGUUGAUUAACUUAAAAUUAUUGAGUUCUGAAGCCUAUAAUGUAUCUUUUGAUCCUGUUAACUUAUGUUAAGCGUCACUGGAGGAGUGCAAGACGCUAAAUAUAGGAGUCAGGUAACAUGGAGAUAUUUCCUUUCGUGGCAAUGUAGGCUUGUUUCAUUGCUAACUAUUCCCAAUUGUGAUGAAGGAUCGUUGACCUGAAAUACUAAUUCUGUUACUCCCUCUACAGAUGUUGCCCAACUUGGUAGUCUUUAUCACAUUUGCUGCUUUUAUUUCCUCUAACUGCACACUGUCUGAAGCUCAGUUUAAAUCUGUACAGCUUGAAAUGUUAUUGUUGGAAUAUUCCAUCCAAGUUCUUGAGAUUCUUUCAGAAGCAGAAUUUGAGAUACAACACUUCAUGGUUUUCUUCCGAGAACUAAGCAUUGAAUAACCUGCCUCUGAAAGGUACGGGUUAUAUUCUGUUUGCAUCAACUAUUCCAAUCUAUUUCUACACCAGUUGUUCACAUUCAAACCUUGAUCAGUGUGUGUGGUUAUUCAGUUGCAACUUGUAUUAUUUAGCUGCUAUUUUUGUCUCUUCAAGCUAGUCCAAAAUUGUCACUAUUUCACCUUGGUCCUAAUUUGCAAUGUUGAGACUGAGCAUUUCUAUUAAUACCUUAUUUAUAAAGUUUCAAUAAUCUGGGGAGGGCCUUUGCCUGAGGAACUGAGUUCUUGGGAGAAAAUAUUUAAACUAUGAGUAGUUUCAGGUUUUCACAUUCUCAUAUUCUCUUAUUAUUGAUGAUGAUAAUGUCAGUCUGAUAUUGCAGUUUAACCACAGCAUGUUAAUAGUGGAAGUGAAGUAAGGCAUGGCAGGUUUUGGCGAAGUAAUGCAACUUCCCUUGUGAAUCUGUGGGCAGAUGGUAACAAUAAGCCAUAUAUAUCUCAGCCUUGUGUCCUCCUCUAUAUUCAACUUGAAGCAUGUGUCCAUUUAAUUCAAAGCCCAAAAAGAUGUAGAGGGAUUUGUACUGAAUGAGUGAAAGGUGGUUGGUGGUGUUUUAGAAGUGAGGAAGACAGGCAGGUGAGUCUUUUGAAUAUUGUCCUUUUAAUAUGCAUGUCAUUGUACAUCUUAGGAUAGGAUCAUCUGAUCUAAAGCCUGCUUUACCAUCUGUAAAUACAUUAAUGCUAAUGUUUCUCACCUCCAUCUUGUUACACCAUAAAUGCUGGAAUGCAGCAUGUUUCUAGAUAUGUAAAGCAACAUUAAUCAGGUAAAACUAACACAGGAAUCAUUGGUAUAGACAGUCUGUCAGGUGGAAAUGUAAGAAAUGUGAUACAAAGGAACCAUUUGCAUUUGAUCAUUGUGAUUGUUCUAAGUUUUUUUAAACUGAAGUACUUCUGUAAUUAUAUUUUUGAAACAAGAA